AUGCAACAAGAAACCACCUCAUCCACCACUCUCUCCUCCAUAUUUUCCCUCCUCUACCAAGAGCUUAUAAACCUUCCAUCACGGCGGUCCCAUCAACCCGUCAAACUCUCUUCAUUUGCAAAUUCACUUUUUUCUGUUUUUCAAGAUUCAUCCAUUCAACAUUCUUUCCAAAACAACAACGAUAUCGUGAACAUCAAUGCCACUCUCAACUCAACCCUUCCCUUCAACAUUUCCACCGUUUGUCAUCCCAUUCUCUUCCAGCCAGGUCUUUCCCGAGAAGUGAAUGGAACUUAUGAAUUUGGACUUUGUCCCGAUACAUAUUCAAGUUUUACAUUGUGUUUGAUUUUAGUAGUGGCCUAUGUCGUGACUGUGGUGUUGAGUGGAAUUGGAAUUUUCUGGAAGAGAAAGAGUGGACACGUGAAAGCUCGAGACCCAUUGUAUUUGGGAAUGACAUGUGUCGCGAAUUUUGUGUUUGUCGUUGGAUUGACGAUGAGAAUUGUGGUCGGAAGGAAAUUAUUUCCGUGUGGAUUGUUGACGGUGUGCUUUUUUAUUUUACCACCAGCCAUGAUGUUACCGACAGUAUUUCGAUUAAUGCGACUCUAUCUCAUGUAUAGGAUUAAUUUAAAAAAGAUGAAAUUAUUUGAAACUCCAACACCACAAGGAACCAUGACGGUCAAAGAAAUAGAUCCAGCAACGACUCAAAAUAUUCAACCUACAUCCAAUGGCGAGUCCAUGAAUUAUUCUCUCAAUACUACUACCACUACCAUGUUUGGACAAGAAGAUAUUUCACAUCGACAAGAACAUGUGUCAAGUGUCAUGCACGCUGACCUCGUUCCUCCUUCCCAUAAUCAACAACCACAAACUAUGGUUGAAUUCCAACAAUUAGAUGAAGAUGCCUCAACCGAUAAUGAUUCCGAAACCAUGGCAGAUGUUUCCACAUGGCGUCUCAGUGAAGUUAAAGAUUUUUCAGAAGUGAAAAAAGAAAUUCGCAAAUUGACCAUUAUGAACUUUUUUGUGAGUUACAAGUUUUUACUCCUUGUUUAUGCCAUUGCAUUUGUGGUGGGAGUGGCUAUUUGGUUAAUUCUUGGAACGAUCGAAGAAGUGAUUUAUAAUGCAAGUACAGAUCCCAAUAAGAAACGACUUUUUUUAUUGGAGGGAGGAAUGCUUGUGUUCGAUCGAGGAUGUGGAUUCACGACAACUACGAUUCUCAUUGUUGGAUUGGAAGCUCUGUUCUAUAUUGUCAUUGAAAUUGCAUUCUUGAUAUUGAGCUUUUUUGCAGAUCGAGACACUUGGAGUAUUAAGAAAGAAGCAUUGAUUUUGAUUGUUUUUCAAUUUAUUGGUGCAGUGAUUUUCAUUGUCGUAGGAAUGUUUAAUAUUACUGAAAUUUUGUUGGAUUAUCUCGUUCCAACUGGGUUGGCACUUUGGGUGUAUAAUUAUUUGGAAGUUUGGGUUUGCGUCACACUUCCUGUCUUGUAUGCCAUUCGUAGCGAUGCUUCUCAAAAAGAUUCAACAAUCGCCGAGAAUCAUGACAUGCAAGCACCACUUUCGAUUCAUGGCACUCAUGACGUGGAGCUUCCACCUGUGACUACCGUUCAAGACACCUCUCGAGAAAGUGGUUUGGAAAAGAUUCUUAAAAACAAAAAAACAUUUGAAAUCAUGUUAGAUUUUGCGAGAAGAUCCUUCGCACCAGAAUCUGUUCAAUGUUGGCGUGAUAUUCAACGAUUCAAGAAAACCAAACGUUCGAAUCGAAAGAAAGCAGCCAUGCACAUUUUAAAUGCAUAUUUAACAUUGGGAGCUCCAUUAGAAUUGAACAUGUCACGAAUUGAGGAAAAGAAACAAGAAUUAUUAAUCAUCCUCCAAAACGAAUCAAAAACAAAUCCAAUUUCACACCAUCUCUUCGACUCGGUUCAAGAUCAUUGUUUGAAUGAUAUGGCAGAUUUAUUCGAACGAUUGAAAAAUGCAAAUCAUGAAAUUUAUGAACUUGUUCAAGAGAGUAGUGGAGGUUCUUUGAAGAAUCGCAAGUCGAAUCGUCGAGCAACAGUGUCUGUGGUUGUUGCUGUAGCCAAUUCGCCAACAAUUGUUGCAAAUGUUGAGGUUGCCAAUGAUCAAACCACAACUUCCACAACGUUUACUAACAAUGAAUAG